AAACAUUUUCCUGUCACAAUAUCUGUACUCGUUUGCGUCACGUGAUGACGCGUCAUAGGUCAGCGUGACAUACCAAGGACGAAACAUGGCAGCGCCGUCUAAGAGAGUGUUCGAGGUCUUCGUGUCUAAAAUACCGUGGACGAUAGCCGCCAAGGAGAUGAGGGAGUACUUUGGACAGUUUGGCUCCGUGAAGAAGUGUCUUCUACCAUUCGAUAAAGAGACAGGCUUUCACAAAGGCUUCUGCUGGGUCGGAUUCACAUCAGAGGAAGGACUGAACAACGCUCUGCAGAAAGAGCCGCACAUACUGGAGGGAGCCAAGCUGCAGGUUCAGAGGAACAGACGUCUGUUUGUAGGGCAGAAGACAAACAAAGACCUUGAAUUUGACUGAUGUGUGGAUGAGGCAGACAGACAGAUGUGUUUUUGUUCUGCUCAGGCUCAGAUUCACUGACAAUGUUUGUUCUUGCUGCUCCAUAUUUGAAAUGUCUGCGGUUCUGUAGGGGCCAUAAACAAACUCAGACCAGUUUCCAUUUUAAAGUCUCUUCAAAACCUGAGAGUGUCCCUCCUCCUUUUGUACACCUUCAGUAAAUUUGGGCCUGAGCGUCAUUGUAAUUGUUUUAACGGAUUGUCCAGUCAUGAUGUCUUUAUUUAUUGUCAGUCAUAGUGGUAGACUUCCUGUCACCUCCCCAUCACACACCAUCAACAAUAGAUAGCAGGUUCAUGCUAACUUGUAAGGUUUAUCAAACAUCACUCUCUAAUGCUUGACAGUGCAUGGCAAUAAAACAGUGUUUAAUCUCACUGUGUGUUGUUUUGUUUGAUACACACUUUGACCUGUAAUCUAUUACUUUAUCCUAUGUUGUGACUACUUUAAAUGGAGUAAAGGAUUCUAGUACUGAGUACCACCACUGUCUAUAGCAAACAGUAAAUUGGAGCUGGCUGGAGCAGCAUAAAUCCUGUGCACCAAGGGCAAUAAACUCCUGCAGUUUACCUUCUACUGGAGUCCAAAGUAAUUCACUUAGCAUUUACUUUUUGUUGUCUUACAUCCCCAUGAAAAUGAAUAUCAGAAUGUUCAAUAAAAGUCUACUUUUCACUC